AUGCCACAAGUAACCCCUUCGUCCAAAGCUUCCAUCUUUCCCCGGACGGCCUUUACUGUUUCGACCGCCCCGACAGAGGUCACGGCCAAGAGUGUCGGUCACACACUGUACAGUCCAUCAGUCUCGUUCUCGGCCGAUGACGCCUCCAGGUCAAGGAUGCGGGAAAAAGCAGAGCUUUUAGGUACCGAGGUGCUGAACUCUGUCGACACUUUCCUGAGCAGCAACUUGAUCAACAAAGAGCACUAUACAAGACCGACGGAGAAGGAAAGUUGCCAGGCGAUGGAGGAUUUGGUGAGGACGUAUGCAAAGAAGGCAGAGACGGAGAAAGUGGGGACUGUGGACUGGAGCAUCAUUUCACUGGAUCUGCCAGAGAGUCGUAUCACAAGAGUGCAAGGAAGUGGCGCUACAGACGGUCCGGAAAGAGGUUAG